AUGGCCCAAGCUGAACCAAUCAGCACGUUACGGCGGAGACGAGGCGCCCUAGCCCGUCGACUUGCAACCAUAAGGCGCGAACUCGAUGAAUACGAAGCGCCUGGGAAGGCAAACAGAAUCUUCCUAACAUCUUGCCGCAGCUCGUUCGAUGAGCUUUGGAGGAGGAUACUCGAAGUUCAAGAUGUGUUAGAUGAGGGGGAAGAUGCGCGUGUAGAUUCGUUAUCGCAAGAGUAUCGGGAGCUUGACAUGCGGUUCCUAGGUCUCUUUGAGCAAAUAUCAGCAACAACCCCGUCGACUACAAAAAUAGGUGAGACAUGCCGGAAACCAGAGCCGACCACCGUUCCAGAGGUCCGCGUGCCCCAAUUCGACGGUGCCCUCGAGAACUGGACCUAUUUCUACGACACGUUCUCAUCCAUAGUGGACCGUAACGAAGGUUUGACGAAUGUCCAAAAGUUCCAGCAUCUACGCUCAUCUAUAACUGGACGGGCCGCACAGAGUAUCCAGUCAUUAGAACUCACAGAGGCCAACUAUUCCAUCGCGCUUGACACACUGAAGGACAAGUUCAAUUGCCCCCUCCAAAUCUGCAUGCGCCAUUGGAAUUUGAUGCGCAACUAUCCGGAAAUCAAAAAGGAAACUCCAGAAGCCCUAGAGGAUUUGUUGGAAACCAUCAGCGUAAAUCUAAAGGCGCUCGAACACCUAAAAGAGCCCGUCACAUCAAACAUAGCGAUGAUCGAAUUGAUCGCGUCGAAGUUGCCCUCGUCCAGCCUGCGUAAAUGGCAACGCACACUGCCCCGCCAAAAGGUGCCAUCCUAUCAGCAUCUGAUAGACUUUCUCAAAACACGGGCGAACGGGACUCAAUUCCUCUCUAAAGAGAAGGAAUCAAAAGGGUCAACCCACAAACACCACAGUCAGCGAACAACCAUACCGCAUGGGCGAACCCUUGCUACAACCAGCAGAACGGUGGUGUGUCCGACCUGCAACGGACCUCACGAGAUCAGACACUGCAAAAUCUUCAAGGCCAAAUCAGCGACCAAACGUUUUCAGAUCGUGAAGAAGGCAUCGUUGUGUAUAAAUUGCCUAGGCACAGGACAUUCGCCGACACAGUGUACAUCGGCACAGAUCAAGGUUUUGAACAAACAGGCACAACCAAUCCGAGUCCGAGCCUUACUCGACACUGGGUCGAGCAUGAACUUCAUGACCGACAAGCUCGCGAAUUCCCUCGGUAUAAAGCAAAGGAGAUGUGCGAUCCAGAUCGGAGCCCUCGACAAUUUGAGCACCACGGCAAAACGAUUCACCACGGCCACAAUCACGUCGACGGACGGCAAGUAUAAGAAAACAUUGAGAUUUCUUGUUAUCCCGGCCAUAUCGACCUUCAUACCAAGCGAGCCCAUCGACCCCUCGAGUCUGGGAUUACCCAGAAAUAUUCAACUAGCCGAUCCACAAUUCCAUUGCCCAGACCCGAUCGAUGUCUUACUUAGUACCGGAUCCACAUUUGCGUCGCUGUGCAUCGGGCAGGUCAAUCUGGCGCAACCAGGCGAACCUGAACUACGUCUACAAAAAACACGAUUCGGCUGGGUAAUCGGGGGGAGUCCCACGUCCCAAACCGCGAUAAAUACGUUCCACGCAACCACAACGGCUCUGCAAGAGAACCUCGCACGGUUUUGGGAGAUCGGCGAGGGACCGGCCACUACUCAUCUUUCGGAAUCUGAACGAUUAUGUGAAGAACAUUUCCGAAACCAUGUCCGACGAACCAAGGAAGGCAGAUACAUCGUUGCAUUACCAUUCAACGAAAAGCUUUCCUCACUAGGGUCAUCGAAGGCCACUGCAAUGAGCAGGCUCGCCUCUCUUCAUCGCCGAUUCCAACGCGACAAACAAUAUGAAACCGCGUAA